AUGAAGUCCAUCCUGUUGCUUGCAUUGCUAUGUUUGGCCUCAUUCCGACCAGAAGUAUUUGCCUGGGGUUCAAGCAAUCACCGAAUAAGAUCUGCGCCGUUGCGACGUACGAAGACUUUGUCGAAUCAUCAUCGUGCGUCCCGUACAUCCUUCUCUUCCUGCACUCAAAUCAAACUCAAAUUCAUAGACUCAUCGGACGAGGAAAGUGCCCCAAGACUGAUCCUGUCUCCCGAAGAAGAUGAUGCUAUUCGCUCAGUUGCCAAAAGUCUGAGUAGUGAUGACACGUACGGCGUUGGAUGGUUUGAUCGUCCAGAAGCGUGGGCUACUGCGAAACAAGACUUUCCAGUGCUUCAGCCAUAUGAGGAUGCAGAUCUGAGAGACGCAUAUCUCAAGCAAAAGCCUAAAAUUUUGGUGGUAUUUACAGAUACUCCGUUGGGGCCAUUCCUUUUUAUCAAUCUUAUUGUGAAGUUUUCUGGAUUUACAUGGUGUGACACCCCUUUUGGUCAAGCAAGUGCUUGUCUUUCAAAAUAA